UCACGUCGUCUAACCUGUUUCAGGCUCCUGCCCCGCCCCGUCCUCCGCUGCCCGCAGCCGGAGCCCGAGCCGGAGGAAGCCCCCGGUGCCAGGAUCAGCCGCGGAGCCGCGCCCCGCUCCGGCCGGCACCAUGGACAGCGAGGCUUUCCAGAGCGCUAGCGACCUCCUGGACCUGAACUUCCAGUCCCUGGCCAUGAAGCACAUGGACUUGAAGCAGAUGGAGCUGGACACGGCGGCGGCCAAGGUGGACGAGCUCACCAAGCAGCUGGAGUCGCUGUGGUCAGACUCGCCAGCGCCCCCCGGUUCUCAGGCCGGAGCCCCUGCUAGGCUGCCCCGCUACAGCUCCAGCCCGGUCCCCGAACACUUCAGCAGUCGCGGGUCCCCCCGGAAGGCGGCCCCCGACGGCUCAGGCUCAGACACACCAUUCGGGCGCUCGGAGAGCGCCCCCGCGCUGCUCCCCUACAGCCAGCUGUCCCCCAAGGGCCGCCCCUCGUCGCCGCGCACCCCGCUCUACCUGCAGCCCGAAGCCUACGGCAGCCUGGACCGCGCGCCCUCGCCCCGGCCGCGCGCCUACGACGGCGCGGGCGGCACCCUGGGCCGGGCGCCCUCCCCGCGCCCCGGAGCCGGCCCGCUCCGCCAGCAGGGGCCCUCCGCACCUUACGACUUCCUGGGCCGCGCCGGCUCGCCGCGGGGCAGCCCGCUGGCCGAGGGUCCCCAGGCCUUCUUCCCCGAGCGGGGGCCCUCGCCGCGCCCCCCGGCCACAGCCUACGACGCGCCCGCAGCCUUCGGGAUCUCCCUGCUGGGCGCGGGCGGCAGCGCCUUCGCUCCGCCGCUGCGCACUCAAGAUGACUUAUUAACUCUGCGCCGGCGGCCCCCCAAAGCCUGGAACGAGUCUGACCUGGACGUGGCAUAUGAGAAGAAGUCUUCUUCGCAGACAGCCAGCUAUGAACGCCUGGACGCCUUCGCUCGGCCUGCCUCGCCAGGCCUGCAGCUGUUGCCCUGGAGAGAGAGCAGCCUGGAUGGGCUGGGGGGCGCCGGCAAGGACAACCUCACCAGCGCCACACUACCCCGCAAUUACAAGGUCUCCCCACUGGCCAACGACAGGCGUUCAGACGUGGGCAGCUACCGCCGGUCCCUGGGCUCGGUGGGACCGUCGGGCACCCUGCCCCGCAGCUGGCAGCCUGUCAGCCGCAUCCCCAUGCCCCCCUCCAGCCCCCAGCCCCGCAGUGCCCCUCGCCAGCGCCCCAUCCCCCUCAGCAUGAUAUUCAAGUUGCAGAAUGCCUUCUGGGAGCACGGGGGUAGCCGGGCCAUGUUCCAUGGCUCCCCCAUCUUCUCCCGAGCUCCCCCACCCAAGCUGCCUCCACAGCCCCAAGCACCCCUCCAGCCACAGAUGACCCCCCAGCCCCAGAUGCCCCAGUCCCAACUACAGGCCCAGUUGCCUCCUCAGCCACAACCUCAGCCCCAGCCUCAACUCCAGGUUCCAGCCCCCCAGGCCCCCCAGCAGAUUUGGCCGCCUGCUAGCGAAGUGCUCUCCAGGCCCCCCACAGAACUGGAACCCGAGCCGGAACUGGAGGGGCUGCUGACCCCUGUGCUGGAGGCUGGCGAUGCGGACGAAGGCGCUGUCACUCGGCCCCUCAGCCCCACUCGCUUGCAGCCGGCGCUGCCCCCGGAGGCACAGUCGGUGCCCGAGCUGGAAGAGGUGGCCAGGGUGCUGGCGGAAAUCCCCCGGCCCCUCAAACGUAGGGGCUCCAUGGAGCAGAGCCCCGCCGUAGCCCUGCCCCCCACCCACAAGAAGCAGUACCAGCAGAUCAUCAGCCGCCUCUUCCACCGCCAUGGGGGCCCCGAGCCCGAGCUGACUCCCAUCACCGAGGGCUCCGAGGCCAGGGCAGGGCCCCCUGCUCCUGCUCCGCCGGCCCCCCUGCCGCCCCCGGCGCCAGCUCAGAGCAGCCCCCCAGAGCAGCCGCAGAGCAUGGAGAUGCGCUCGGUGCUGCGGAAAGCGGGGUCCCCACGCAAAGCCCGGCGUGCGCGCCUGAACCCGCUGGUGCUGCUGCUGGACGCAGCGCUCACCGGGGAGCUGGACGUGGUGCAGCAGGCGGUGAAAGAGAUGAACGACCCCAGCCAACCCAACGAGGAGGGCAUUACGGCCUUGCACAACGCCAUCUGCGGGGCCAACUACCCCAUCGUGGACUUUCUGAUCGCAGCAGGCGCCAACGUCAACUCUCCCGACAGCCACGGCUGGACCCCGCUGCACUGCGCGGCAUCCUGCAACGACACGGCCAUCUGCACGGCGCUGGUGCAGCACGGCGCGGCCAUCUUCGCCACUACCAUCAGCGACGGAGCCACCGCCAUCGAGAAAUGCGAUCCCUACCGCGAAGGCUACGCGGACUGCGCCACUUACCUGGCAGACGUGGAGCAGAGCAUGGGCCUGAUGUACAGCGGUGUGGUGUACGCGCUCUGGGACUACAGUGCCGAGUUUGGGGAUGAGCUGUCCUUCCGCGAGGGCGAGUCGGUCACUGUGCUGCGAAGGGACGGCCCGGAGGAAACCGACUGGUGGUGGGCCGCGUUGCACGGCCAGGAGGGCUACGUGCCCCGCAACUACUUCGGGCUGUUCCCCAGGGUGAAGUCUCAGAGGAGUAAAGUCUAGCAGGAGAGAAGCAUGUUUCCAAGGGCAACCGGAGGAAGCUGCCUGGCCUCCUUCCUCUCCAAGGCUCCUGACAGCUGCAUCUCCCUGCACCCCAAGCCCUGCAGGCCUGGGGCCCUUGUCACCAGCUCUCUGCUCCCCUAGGUGCCUAGGGGAGUGGGAGAACUCCAGCCUUAAGUCUAGAAACAUGCCUUAGCUGGGGGAGGUUUUGGUGGGGCUGGGAAUCUUUCUGGGGGCCCAAAAGACUCCCCCUUCUGCCAAAUCAGAGCCCAUCCACAGCGCCUUGACCCCAUACUCCCAGCCCCCCACCCCCACCCCAAGCAACCCAGCCACCAUCCCAGCUGAGCCAGGAAUGAGCCAUCUUCCUGGGACUUUUCCCUGGGAGCCAUCUGGGACUCUGUCUCUCCCAUCAGCCUGGGGGCACAGGAAGCUUGUUGGUUUCUGUCAGGGUCCCCGCCCACUUCUGCUCCACCAGGUGCCUUCACUGCUGACUUUAUCACAAAAAGAGGCAUUUUCCCUUUUUAAAUAAAGGUAGUUUGCGCAGAAAUGCACUUCCUUCACUUUGGAUUCCAUCUCACUAUUUUUGGCAAGUUAAUCCUCAAUGUUUUCACUUGUCAAUUUUAGCCACUCUGUGACUUCUUGGUUUAGUGACUGAAGCCUAAACCCUUCUAUGUUAACUCCUUCUCCCCUAUCUCUAGCAAAUUCAUGUCAUGAUUUUUAUAUUCAUCAAUCAACAGUUUUACAAUAUGGCUCUAUAUUUUCACUUAGAACCAUGUAAGACACUUAAAAACAUGAGAAUAAUUACCUUUGUCACCCCUAUGUGCACCUAGACUGAAUCUUCCAUUGGAUCUUCCAUCCUAACAAUGCACUCAAGUUGUUUUUGUUGUUGUUUGCUUCUUUUUCUUUCUUUUUUUUUUUUUGCCUCCAGGGUUAUUGCUGGGGCUCUGUGCCAGCACUACAAAUCCACUGCUCCUGGAGGCUACUUUUUCCCAUUUUUGUUGCCCUUGUUGUGGUUGUUAUUGUUAUUGCUGUUAUAGCUAUUGCUGUUGUUGGACAGAGAGAAAUUGAGAGAAGAGGGGAAGACAGAGAGGGGGAGGGGAAGACACCUGCAGACCUGCGAAGCAACCCUCCUGCAGGUGGGGAGCUGGGGGCUCGAACCCGGAUCCUUAAUGCCGGUCCUUAUACUUUGCGCCAGGUGUGCUUAACCCGCUGAGCUACUUACUGUUCAGGCCCCAUUGUUUUGUUUUUCUAUUUUGAGUCUAAACCUGAGCUUUCUCAAAUGACUCUACUAUCUUGGGACUUCCCCAAGUUGGAUAUUGUUUUCUGGACCCAUAUCUUUGCCCCUUGAUUAUCUUCAUUGUGCUGGAGUGCAUUCUCCAGAUGUUCCCUGAAAAGGAUGAAGGAGUGGCUGGGUGGUGGCUCACCUGGCAGGGGGGACAUACUUUACCAUGUUUAAAGAGAGGAGUUCAAGCCCCUGGUCUGCACCUGCAGUGGGGGAAGCUUUACCAUCUGUGGAGCAGCACUACAGGUGUCUCUCACCCUCUAUAAAUAAUAAUAAUAAUAAUAAUAAUGGCUGCCAGGAAUGCUAGAGCCUAAAAGCACUAAGCCCCAGUGAUAACCCUGGCAGAAAAAAAAAAUGAAGAGGUAACCAGUGAUAUAGCUCAUUUAGGAGCAAGUCUGCUUUGCCAUGCUUGGGAUCCAGAUUCAAGCAGCCAAUGUCACAUUGGAGGCUUUGGUGCUGUGGCCUUCUCUGUCUCCUCCUCCUCCUCCUUCCUCUCCCUUCUUUUUGACAAACUUGUCAGAAGAGAUAAAUCCCUGGUGAUGAUCAUAAAGAAGGAGGAGGAUGAGGAGAAGGAGAAAAGACAGGGUGAAGAGGCAGCAAGGGAGGUGGCUCAGUGGGCAGAGCAUGAGACUUGCCUGUGGGAGGCUGGAGCAGAGCACUGGUCUCUCAUUGCAGCUAAUCUUUAAUAAAAAAAGAGCGACAAGGAGGUAAAUACUUCUGAGUUCUUGCACAAUUCAAUAUACUUCAUGCUAACCUAUUUUAUUAUACUUUAAGAAUAAAACUCUGGGUUGGAAAUAGACCAAUAACUCUUGUGAUUCGUCUCUGCUUUCUGAGUUGGAAUGCAAGUUCAGAUCAUGAGGAAUGUUUUGCUUUCCCUGUCAGACUUGUUUCCUUUCUUUCCUUCCUGUGAACUUUGACUUGCCUGUUUUAUCUGGAAGCUUUCUGAAUCAUCUCUCUUUGCCAGAGCUCAGACUCCUGGGUCUCUGUGCCAUCCUGCAGACAGUACUCAUUCUGACCCUUGCUGUGUCUGUUCAGUCUGGAGAUUUGCACCCGAUGUUUCUGGAAACAUUCAUAUAUAUAUAUGGCUUUUUUUUUUUUUUUUUGCCUUCAAGGUUAUUACUGGGGCUUGGUGCCUGCACUGUGAAUCCACUGUUCCUGGUAGCCAUUUUCCUCUUUACUUUAUUUAUUUAUUUUUAUUGGAUAGGACAGAGAAAAAUUCAGAAGAGGAUCCAGGUGUUGGUUCACCUGGUUAAGCACACCUACAGUGCGCAAGGACCCAGGUUCAAGCCCCUGCUUCCCACUCGCAGGGGGAAAACUGACAGGGGCCAGCCCCGGCAGGUCUCAGGGUGAACAGAGGAAGGGCGUCAGUGCGGAAUGAGGAAGAAUGAGAGAGGAGUGAGUUGAUGCUGAAUCAAGCUCAAGCAGAUGUCUCUGUCAGACUGAAGCAGAACUUUAUUUUUAUAGUCUCAUAAGGCUUAGAUCAUUAAAACAAAAAUCUUCAAGGCUUUGGUUACUAAUACAUAAAUCACCAUGGUUUUGAUUAUUAAUGCAAAAAGCACCAAGGCUUUGAUUUAGUAAAACAAAAAUCACCAAGUAAGAACAACACAGGUAGGGAACACCUCCUGCUUUGUGGAACAGUCACAUUCCAGGGGCACUUUUCUCCUUAGAGAUCACAUCACAGUUUCUGUGUCUUUUGUUAUUCCUGUACCUGUGUGUCAGGCAAAUGUCCUGUUGAUUAAGAUAAAUAUUCUACCUGUAUGUUUAUGCCAUCCUCUUGCAUCAGAAGCCCUGGUUCAUAGAAAGUUCAAGUUUGGGCAGUGGGUAGAUAGCAUAAUGGUUAUGCAAACAGACUCUCAUGCCUGAGGCUUCAGAAUCCCAGGUUCAAUCCCCCACACUACCAUAAGCCAGAGCUGAACAGUGCUCUGGUUAAAAAAAAGAAAAAGAAAAAAAAGUUCAAGCUUGUUGUGUUUCUAGGGGCCUUAAACAAAUUGAGCAGCCCAUUUUUAAUAAAAUCUGCUCCAUUGUUUGAUCAAGGA